UACAUCUUUUCGACGGGCUGCACGAACAGCGGUAGCAUGAGAAAAAUAUUCAUCCCGUUGAAAGGGGUAUUUUUUUUCAAAAUUCCUGCUUUGACCAUCGUGUGUAUUGCUGUUUGGAGAGGAUGUUUCGGGAAAUGUGCGUUCAAAAUAGUGUAGGCUACUAGUAUAGAAUAGCAGAUGCCACGCAAGAGACAAUCGAACACUCAAUGAAGAUAGGUAUUAUUAUACGGAGCGCACUUAGAUGUACAAGUGCAUUUCGAGUGAACACGUUUUGAUGAAGAUGACAUCGCUGUUAUUUUCCUAUUAUUGUGUCUGUAUUUGGCCAUGUAUGAGUGGUUGCCAAAGGAGCGUUCUUUACUAGUUCAUUACGGAAAUAAAACACAACUAUUAUGGUUGACACUGAACAGUAAAAUAGGAAAUUGAUAGGAACAAAGCGGAAAACGGGCUCUGUCAAUUUUCUACAGAAACUGAAUGUAAUCCAGCCGAAAGAGGGGCAAAUAUGGUGCCUAAGAACAAGACAACUUCGGCCUCAGCAGAAAGGGGCAAUCCGGAAGCUUCUUCAUCAUCCCCAAAAUCAACUUUAAAGGGCUCCACAGGAAAGGGCACGGCCACUAUGGUCUCCCAACUGCAUCAAAGUCAUCCUGCUCCAAAAUUGGAGAUCCUAAGAACCUACAGUAACGCAUUUCUUGAAUACACCCUCAUGAAUGAGUAUGCUAUAUUCAGGAAACGAUUUAUUCCUGGCGUGUAUAUAAUGCCUUCGUUUGAGUCCGCGUUAAAAUGGUUUGUCGUGCUGUUUAUUCGUGGGGGUGUCUUCGAAGGGGGUGCGUUUCGAGCUCAGCUAUCAUUUUCCGCACUUCAUCCUGAGGGGGGUGUUCCAAGGGUCACUUUUGACCCCCCCGUCUUCCAUCCGCUUGUCAAUGCCCUUACGGGCGAGAUGGACAUUUCGUGUAAAAUAGACAAAUGGAGACGAGAUGUGCAUCACAUUUAUCAAGUUGUCGAAGCUGUAAAGUCGCUCUUUGAAGAGAUUCCUGAGCAGAUUAAACCUUCCAAUCGGGAAGCCUAUAAACUCUACGUCAAUAACAAAGAUGAAUUUAAGCGGGUUGCGGAGGAAUGUGUCGCUCAGUGUCUUGAGCACCUGCAACGCGAGAGUCCUUCUGGGGGUGAUCCGAACAGCUUUGACUUCGUCGCCCACGAUGUGAGCGAUCUUUCUCUCUCCCUUGAUGAAGCUUCUCUGUUCAGCCUUCGAUUGGAUUCAUCUGAGUGUUCCAACGAUGUUUCGAAGAGUCCGCAACGUCUUCAAGGUCUCUCAUGGAUGCGUGAUGGAAAACCUUGGGCCAAGGAGAGCAGUGAAAGAACGAAGUUGGGUCCCGACUGACUUGAAGUGUCUACAUGACGAGUAUAGAAGAAAUGAAUGCGCUUAACCGGUAGAUUAGCCGGUAUCUAUUAAGUGCAGCGUGACAAUUCCUUUGGAACAAUGUUGUCCAGUCGCUAAAAGCAAAAGAUAUUGGAACGCACUAAGAUAAGAGUUGGCGAAUAUGGCGUCAGGCAAAAAUACAAACGGACGGAUUACUGAAUGCCAAGCGAAGCAAAGAUAUUAAUCUUAGCCACGACGCUUGUAUGGGCGUUUCAGUGGAUAGAUGUGUGUGUAUACACGAAACAUGACGUUUCCAUAAUUGACUGCGGAAUAGGAAAGUAAUAACGAAAGAUCGUUGACGUUACUUGGAAUGAUACUUUAGGCCUGUCAAUAGUAAAAUCCCAAAUUUAUUUGUUUGAAUUCUUUGCGAGUGUCGAAAAUCCGUUUGCUGACUAAGAUUUAAAUAUCACUCUGAACAUAUUUCAUCUCUGCCUAUAGCUUUGCAACAACCGAAAUUAAAUCCACCACGAUACAAGCCGACACUCUAUCACGCGAACCUUGAUAAGUUUUAAUGUUUCCAAAGGACUACCUCGAGCUAGCUAAACCCAAGUAGAGCGCCCAAUGUGGAGGACGAUAUGUUAGUUUCGUGACGUGUUUGCGUGCUGCUUGGCACAUGAACACAGAGCGAGUGUAUACAAUGUUUUGUUUGAUUGACCAUAAAAUGACUAAUGAUUUCUAGUCUACUACAUGUGUGCAUGUGUAUAAUGUGAGUGCUGCUUUUAAACAAUAACAAAGCACAAAGAGUUGUUUAAAUGAUGAUAUUAAUAAUUAUUAUUAUAAUUAUUUUAUUAUUAUAAUUACUAUUAUUAUUACAGCGAUAACAUUAAUAACUGUGCUUUACGGCUGUCAACGCUUUUAUUCUUGAACUAGUUAUAGCUUAGUUCUAUGAUAUCAGUCUUAAUAUGAGAGACACGAGCUGUCUGAAACAAUGCUUAACAGUACCGGACAUAAAACUUGCAAUAUUUGUCCAGGUUUAAUACGAUUUCACUCUUUUCUCUGUCGAAAAACUCUAUAUUUAUCAGAAGAUUCAUAUUAGCGAGCCCAGCGAGUUUGACUUGCACGUAUUCUGAGGGUAUUCGGCUUCUCGACGGAAACAUUUUAUUGGUGGGUGUGACGGUUGUAUCGUAUAUUUGUGUACUUCCUUCUUUUGUGAAUGCUUAGGUUUAUGUGCAUUCAGUUGAAAGGGUAUUGUAUGUGGACGACUGGAUAGCUCGCGAUUCUGUGCUAACUCCGGAUUUUGGGGUGUCGCAAGCCAGCCACUUUUCCCGUCCGAUGAAGAGAAACAAGCAGGCGCAGGACCACAAUGUUAACUCAUUUCGCAGAAACUAAACUUAGAAUAUAGGUCAUUUACAGUUCUAUAAAUAAAUGAAUGGACGUUGCCAAGCUGAGAGAGCUUAGGAUCACAACCUGCUGUGAUCAAAAUCAUCCUGCGAUGGUUAUGAUGAUAACACUAACGAGUAAUAAGGAACAUAUAUAUAUGAAGAGAGAGCGAGAGAAAAAUACAUUGUCAUUAGCGCUAUUUUGCUUAAUGAAGCCGAAAUAACUAGGAUAUAUGACGAGACUGUGAAAAAAUGAAGAUCAAAAACAUGACCACUAGAAACAAGGAAUAAAUUUUUCAGCAAUUCUAUAAAAAAGAUCAGUCGCGUAGUACGUUUUUAUUCUAGGGAAUGCCGUAUAAUCUUCGGAUGUAGAGAACAAAGUGCCGUUUACACUCUGAGGUAUCUUAAGGUCUACGGUCCGCUUGGUUUGUCAUUUCAAGGUUAGUCUCAGUUCGCUGUUGAUGAGCAGGUGACAGUGAAAGCGUUUGCUGUCAAUAAAUUAAGCUAAAAAAAUCUUAUUCUAUUGAAAGGUAAGGUCAUCGAUUCGAUUAUUUAUAAUUUUGAACAUAUUUCUCUAUUUUAUAUUCUUUUGGUUCGAAUUAUCAUUGGUUGCUGUUUAUUUAUUCAUUAUGAUUAUAAGUAUUGAGCGAUGGGCAGAAAGGUUUGGACAUUGUUUUUGCAGUUGUUGGACUUACUAUUUGCACAGAAAUCACAUUGCGUAAAAACCAUUAUUUAACUGACUAGCAAAUAAAUCAUUCUUCUAACUCUCUGCAUAGAGACCUCUUCCGCGAUAUCGUGAACGACAACUAUUCAUAUGGUUAGAAUGAUUCUUCUUUUUCAUACGAUUUU